AUGGGUGGCGAGCUGGAUGCUCAUCGAUACGAGCAGACAACUUUUCACGAGGGGACGCAUCGACAAGCUCCUGGUGAUUCAACUCCAUGGAGGGAUUUUUCUCCUCCUUUGAAUCGGUUUAAAGGAUGGUGGCUAGCACCUGCAGCCAAAGGAAGCAUGAUUGCAGCUUGGUGUUUGACAGUAGUUAUUGGUGCAUAUUGUUUUUCUAUCCAACAAGAUGCCAAAGGAACAUAUUUACUUAUUAAUGUUUUAUUGCGUACGUUGCAUGAAGAGGCAUUACGAGCCGAUGCCAACCAGGAACGUGCAUUAGAACUGAAGUAA